CCACGACCAACUCAGCACCCCAAGUACAGUAAACACACAGGCAAGCACUUUCAGAGAUGGCGGAAUCCAGCAGAGGGCAAUCGAGUCAGGAUGACACCGAGCCGGAGGACAAAGUCGUCGUCGACGUGGCCGAGGCGAUGCGCGACCAUGCCAAGCGGCUAGGCUUCGACUUCGACCCGGAUUCCGACUCCGAUUCGGACCUGGUCUCGCCCGUGUCCGACUUCACCGACGAAGACUACAAGACUGCCCGUGAGGAGUGCCGUAAGCUUGACCUACAGGGUGAUCCGGCCGACUUCUACAUAGAACGCAUCGCGGUGCCCCUGAAGUCACUCGCCACCAGAGAGAAGCGGGUCGCGCAGCGAGAGCGCAGGAUAUCUCGACACCACCCCAAGGUCGAGGCGAAGGACUGGUACAAAUAUCAGGACGACUAUCUCAAAAGAACAUCCGGUGGGCCGGAUCUUGAGUCCGCGAGUAUUAGAGAAGAAAAUUUAGACCAUGUGCCCAAGCAUCUUGCGGUUCGCCGGACUGCCAUCCUCAAGGCGGAGCGGCGACUUGACAGGAGGGAGUGGGAGGCCGGCAAGUACGAGUACAUCGUCUUCAACUCGAAAAAAGACCCCAUCGACUUCCUCCGCAAGCACGACAAGCUCCUGACCACCAAGGGUAAACUCGAGGAGAAGCUCUCCAAGGCAUCGGAUCUUCGCGAGGAGGCCCUAGCCGCGGUGAAGGAGCUGCCGGUAAUCCAAGGCCAGUUGGAGAAGGCCCACGCCGAGAUGAAGUCCCUCGACGAUAUGGUGGCCUACGAGAAUAGAAGGGCCACAGAUCUGGAGAAGCAGAUUCAUGAACUGCAACAGAAAGAUAAAGAAAUGCGGCAGAAAAUCGGUCAGUACCGGGACCGCAAUGCCGAGCUUCAGGACACACUGCGCAACGAAAAGUACGAGCUCGAGCAGGAGAUUAAUUAUCUCGAGAGCAAGCUGUAUCCACUCCAGGAAGAGAUGCCGCAGAAGGAGCAGAGAAUCGAGGCCCUGGAAUGUCAAGCGAAGAAAGAUAUAGAGAGAAUCAAAGAGCUGACAGAAUAUGGUGACAAAACUACCAAAAGUCUGGAGGAGACGAAAAAGGCGGAAGCGGAGAGCAGAGAAAAGGCCGAUUUUUACCGCGGAAUUUACGGCGCCUCAAAUGAAGCUGCAAAUUUCCACGCAAAAGAAGCCGAGGACGCCGUCGCCAAAGAGAAGGAAGCCAGAGACGAAGCCAAGCUUGUGGACGAACGAUAUAAAACCGCCAAAAACCGGAUUGGAGAAUUGGAUGGCCAGUUGGCAGAGGCCCUGCAGAAGUUCAAAGACGCUGACGAAGAGGUUAAGCAAGUUAAAGCCGAGCUCCAUCGGAAAGAACAAGAUCUUGCCCUGGUCAAUCACGAGCUCCAGCUGGUAUAUCACGAAGACAGGCGGGUCAGCGUCUCGACAAAUGUAUCGGGACCCGCCCGGGUGGCUACCAAUCUUCAGGAUGAGCUGGAUGAGGCUGGCUGGGACCAGUUCUCUGAGCCUGCGCAGAGUCCCAUGUUGUCGCCCGUCCGAGCCCGCCUGAACGAACUCGAAGAAGAUAUAAAGUUAAAGACCACAGAGGUGGCCGAUUACAAGACCAAGCUGGAGGCCAAGGAGGCCGAGGUAGAAAAGGCAUACAAGGAGCUCAAGGAAAAGGCCACCCAGAUCAACAACCUUGCCCAAAGCGUCAAAGAGCUUACCGCGGACAACGACCAGCUGCGAGCCAGUGCGGAGAAGGGGCGAAAAGAUCACGCGGCUAAAUCUUCCGAGGAUGAAGACAAGUACGCAAAGCUCUACUAUACAUACGAUUCGCUCAAGAAGGACUGCUUUGAAUCCUGCCAGAAGAUAUCCGCCUUGACAGACCGUAUGCAGGACAAGGUCGCAUUGAUCAAGAAACAAUUGGCCGAUUCCCACUGCACUCUCCUCGAGGCUGCCCAAGAGAGGGACGAGAAGACGGAAGAGAUCGCGAGACUCACCAACCACAUAAACAUGACCCGGGCUACAUCCAGACAACAGUAUGAGAGUCUGUCAAGGAACUUCCACCUCCUGCACGGUCAUUUCAAACAGAUGAACAGGCUAAGCCAGGCUCGCAUCUCGGAGAUUGCCCAGCUACAAGAGGAAUUGGCUGCUCGACCCGAUCCCGACCAGGUCGCAAGACUGCAAAGGGCCCAUGACGAUAUUGAGGAGCUGUACGAAAACAUGAAAACAUCGCUCGAUGACUCAACCAACGAUAAUGUCCUUCUCAGAGCGGACCGCGACAGGUUAGAAGCACGGGUCAAUGCUUUAAACAGAGACGUUGCUGGUCUUACAGACGAGCGCGACCAACUAGCAAAUGACCUCCAUGAUUCAACUCAGCAGGUCGCCAGCCUCCGAGGCGAACGCGACCAGCUGGCAAAGGACCUCGAGGCUUCAGCUAAGAGCCUUGGCAGAGUCCAAGACAUACGCGACAAAAUGGCAGAGGACCUCGAGGGUAAAAUCAAUGAGAUUAACAGCGUCAAAGAUGCACGCGACCAAACUGAAAAAGACCUCAAGGCUUCAGCUAAGGAAAAUGAAAGUCUCAAAGACGCACGCAACAAGCAGUCAAACGAACUCGCUGGCUUAGCUGAGGAGACUGACAAUCUCACACACGAACGCGACCGCGUGACCAAAGAGCUCCAAGACCUUCGUGCGGCCAAUGCUAGGCAUGAACUGUGGAGGGCGGACAACGGCAAUGCACCCAGAAAGUUGUUAGAGCAGGGGAAAGAACUUGGUGAAACUGAAAGAAAGCUCACCGAGGCCCUCAUGAACAGCACAGCCAGAAAUGUGGAAAUACAAGAGUUGCGGGCCGAGAUCGACCAGCGGAAAGCAGACAUUCAAGCACUCGAGGAGCAGUCGGAAAGUGACAAGAAACAAGUAGCCAAAUUGGAUUCUAGCAGUGUAGACCUCGAGAGUCAGUUGAAAGCUGCCAAUCAUGAGGCGGCUAAAACGAGCUUCAAGAUGACCGAGCUUAAGGAGAGAAUCGCCGAACUCGAGGAGCAGUUGGAUGCUAUCAAAGACACCGCCAAAGGAGAGAAGUCUAGGGCCGAAGACGACUUUGCAAAGUCCAAGAGCCGCGUCGCUGAGUUGGAGGCCAGAAUUGCAGAACUCGAGGAUAAGCUGCAAAUUCCGGAGCAAGAGAGAUCGCGCCUCGAAGACGAGCUUACAAAGUCUAACGACCGCGCCGCAGAGCUGGAGACCAAGACUGCGGGGCUUGAGGAGCAGUUGAAACAGCAAGACGAAAGGAUUCGGGAUCAUCGCGCCAAAGUAGACGAGGCCACUGAGAUCGCGACAAAGGCCACAAAUGAGCGACUAGAUGCCGUGAAUAGCCUGCAGGAUACGAACAGAAAACUGCAAGUUGCCAGGAGACAGCUCUUCCUCCAUGAGGAACGGGUCGCAUCCCUAAAAUGCGAUAUAUACAUGGCUGAGGGAAAGCAUGCAAAAGAGAUGGCCGAGAAGCAAGCUGAGAACCAGGCUGAGAUUGAUGAGCUGAACGGCAAAAUCGCCGAGAUGCGUGAUGAGAUCGCCCGUCUGGAAGAAAGCCAGAUGGAUCCCGACGAUCUCGCCAGAUUCGUGGACACCAUGGAAGGUGGCUUCGACGACCUAGAGCAAGCCAAAGAGCAGGCAGAGGAAGCCAUUGUCGCCAGAGAUGAACAAAUCAGGGACCUGGAAUCAGAACUCGAGACAACCAAACAGAUUGCGACUGACAUGGGAUUGCAGCUUUACGACAUGGAAAACGAGAUCAAAGACCUGCAAGGGUCACGAAACAAGAGUGACGCCGCAAACGCUGAGAAGCUUGAUCUAAUGACGAACAUCCGCACCAGACUUCAGCAACUCCUUAAAAAGGCCAGCGACUGUCAAGCAGCCGUUGAACAAAAAGUCGCGAACCUAGACGCACUUCUCAAAGAAUCUCGAGAUUCUGCCACCCGAGCGGAGCAAAGGCUUGAUGCCUUGAAGGAUGAACUGAAAGAGUGCGGCGCGAAACUCUUGGCAGAAGAGGCAAAGACUGCUAGGCAGGCUGUCGAGAUCACGGAACUGGAGGAAGGUCGAGCCAAAGAUUGCGAGGCCAGCUUGGCCAAAGUGAAGCAGCUGGAAGCGGAACUCCGAGAGCUCCGAGACGAGAUUACAACACGGACAGCCAAGGAAAAGGAACUCGAGGAUCUGGUGAAAUACAGAGAAGAAGAAGUCAAGGCCCUCGAAGCGGACAAGCAGCAGAGGGACGAGCAAUCUCAGCGCAUCUUGGAGCUGCAGAAAUCUCUGGCCAACAUCACCGACCAACAGACCCAAAAUGGUCAAGCCAGCGUGGUCGCUGCGCAGGAGCUACAGACGAAAUUGGACGAAACCAAUGCCAUCAACGACCGGCUUGUCAAAGAUUUGAUGGCACUUACAGACAAGGCCGCAACGUGGGACGUGAAAGAGAAGGACUUCAUGGAUCUGGUUCAACUCCAAGUGGAAACCGUCAAGGCCCUCCAGGACCAGCUCAAGCAAACCACACUCCAGUACCGUGCUAUCGUGAGACGGUCAAUGGGAGACGCCGCCAUCAUUCAGACUUUAAGAGCCGAUACAUCGAAAGUUUGGUCGGACUUGGUCGAUGCUACCAGAGAGAACGCAAGGCUGCGACAGCAGCUCAAGGAUUUGCAGGGACAAGAGAGAGCCGAGCCACCGAAAGCCGAGUCACUCUGCUAUACUUGCGGCCGUGGUUGCAAGUGUCCCAUCGCUCUGCCAGAGGCUUCAGGCUUCUUUGACCAGUGGUGGCUCGUCCUCAUGGCUAUCUGGGCCUUCCUGGAAAUGAUGCCCAAGAACACCAGGAUCGCGUUUUCCUACUUGCUGGGCCUGUUGGGACUUCCGGGUCGUUGCUGGAGGCCCUUUGCCAGUCGGGCAAAAUUCUGGUACAGAAAACUGUCGUCCCCCAAGGGCAAGACCCGGGCCGCGGGGGCCCCUGGCGAUCCGGACUGGGACUGGCCGACAGUGCCGGCGGUUCCUCAUGCUGCAAUGGUGUACACCAUCAUCUUUUGGGCCGUCGUCCUCGCGAUCUUCAUCUCUUCCAUGAGCUUCUGGGCCACCUCGGUGGAAAGGCACCUCUGGCUUCGGGCAAACACCGACACGAGGGCCUACUUCAACUUUGGAAGACGAGAGGGUGCUCCCGGCGCGUGCCUGGUGCCUCAACCGUUGCCGGUUGACUAUCGGUUCGUGUACGAGCCUACCUAUGGUAACUUUUGUGAAUUUGUGGAAAGACAGACAGGGUAUGCUCUUUGUUGAGAUGCAUGUAUCUUUUAUUUCUUCAUUUUAUUUUUGUCUUUUUAUCUUUGCAUUCUUGUUUUUGCGCUUGGUGCCUUUUUUUUUGGGUGUUGGGCUGUACAACGGGGGCGAGGUUAUCGUGUAUUUUUUGUUGAUUGUAUGCUUUUACUGUUUUCAGCUAUGCGAUAAUUUUCUUUUCUUUUUGAUCUAUCUUAGUAUCGCGAGCUGGCGUUGGUGUAAUGAAUAAC